ACAAACAACGGAAUUAGUUCUGGAGUAGCAUAACCUGGGUAUCCAAACACCGAGUUCUGAAAACCCUAAUAAAAAAAAUUAAAAUUCUACCCCUUAUAUAUAUAUUACGUACACAGACACUAGAAACCCUAAUAGUAAGUUGAGAAGAGAGGGAGGAAAGAUGCAGAUCUUUGUGAAAACUCUAACCGGGAAGACCAUCACCCUUGAGGUGGAGUCAAGCGAUACCAUUGAUAAUGUCAAAACUAAGAUUCAGGACAAAGAGGGAAUCCCUCCGGAUCAGCAGAGGUUGAUCUUCGCAGGGAAACAGCUUGAGGAUGGCCGUACCCUCGCCGAUUACAACAUUCAGAAAGAGUCAACAUUGCAUCUUGUUUUGAGGCUUCGUGGUGGUAUUAUUGAGCCAUCUUUGAUGGCUUUGGCUAGGAAAUAUAACCAGGAUAAGAUGAUUUGCCGCAAGUGCUAUGCACGCCUACACCCCCGUGCUGUGAACUGCAGGAAAAAGAAGUGUGGACACAGCAACCAGUUGAGGCCAAAGAAGAAGAUCAAGUAGACUGUUCUGCUUGCCCGAAGGAAUUCUGCGUUGUUAUGGAUUACUGGUUGUCUUGUAAUCCUAAUAACUCCAUUAGCUACUUAGUAUUGUAGGAAAUCUUUUGGAAAUGUGACAGUCAAAGUUACUCUAUUAUUUUUGUUUAGUUUGAGACGGAUUGAUAUCAAUUAUGCAACAUUUCCUUGUGAUGACAGUUUUGUUUUUGAUAAUAAUGCGUGUGAUGUCUUUGUUCCCUAUCACCAUAAUUUGGUAUACUUUACCUUUUUCAUUUUAA